CCACCUGGCCUCUCCUCAGCAACAGCUCAUAUUGUUUGAUUUCUUCCUUCUCCACUACUACCUCCACUUCCUCCACUCCUCCACCCCACAAUCUCUCUCUCUCUCUCUCUCUCUCUCUCUCUCUCUCUCCUCCCAAAUUCAUCUCCUUUUCUCAUCUUUUCUCAUGCUUUGACGCCACCAUUAAGCUUUGGCUUUUCUCUGCCUCCCAUCUCCUCCUCUGCCACUAGUUAAAGCAGAGAGAGGGGGAGAAGAAAGGGGAGGAGAAAGAAGCACGGGAGAGAGGAGGAGGAGAAGGAGAAGGACAAGGGAACGAAGAUGUUCGACAGCCUGCUCAACUCCAAGUUCUACAACAAAUGCAAGCACGCAAUCAAGUGCACCCGGACCAGGCUGGAUCUGGUGCGGCGGAAGAAGCAAGCGAUGGUCAAGUUCAUGAAGAAGGACGUCGCCGACCUCAUCGGCAAUCGCCUUGAAUCGCACGCCUUUGGACGGAUGGAGGCACUGAUUGUUGAGAUGAACCAAGCAUCCUGCUAUGAUAUGAUCGAGCAGUACUGCGAGUACAUAGUGAAGCAGCUCAACAACCUGCAGAAACAGAAUGAAUGUCCUCAGGAAGCCUUGGAAGCUGUGUCAACUCUAAUUUUUGCCACUGCUAGAUUUCCUGAGUUGCCUGAACUGUGCGACCUCAGACAUAUGUUCACGGAGAGAUACGGGAGUUUUGUCGAGCCUUUUGUUAGCUCUGAGUUUGUUCAGAAGCUUCAGAACAAGUCAUUUACUAAUGAAGAGAAGUUGCAAGUGAUGCAAAGCAUAGCUGAAGAAUUCUCGGUCCCAUUUAAUUCCAAGGCACUGGAGCGAAAGAUAUCUGGUGUACCUCAAAAUAAACAUGAUCUUCAAAACAAGAGUUCUUUUAAGCGUGUGGAAGUUGAAGCAUCAGCAUGCAAUGAACUUAAGGUGGAUAGGCAUGCUGUGCAUGAAAGAAAAUCUAAAGUGACACCUGAAGUCCAUGAGAGGAAGCAGGAGAUGCCGGUAAAGCCUAAAGAUAUUCAUGUCAUCCCUGAUGCCAUUGGUAAGGUUGGGGAGAAAAGCAGGAAGAACCGCUCAGAUAUACCUUAUGAUGUGCCUCCUUCGGACUUGAAGCAAAUUAAUGAUCAGGAGUUAAAGAAAGACCACAAAAAACAUAGUCACCACCAGAGGGAACUGAGGAAUGCAGACAAGUCAGCUCCUCCAUACGCAGAACCCAAGGAAGAUGUUGCUGAAAAGUCUGAUGGGAAAGGCUACCAUGUCCAUCGAUCGCGCAUGGCUGGUGGCCUUGAUCACAAUUGGGGACAUGCCGACUUGGGGCUUAAAACUCUGGGCCUAGAAAAGCAAGGAAUUGAGCCAGCUAGUUCUUUGGAUGGUAAAACACUGAACAAAGCUCCUCCUUAUUCUAAGCCCUACAAAGCAAGUGAUGAGUAUGGGCAGUCUGUGCAAGACAGGCAGAAAAUGCCAGAGAAGGCAGUUAACAUGCGUCCACCUUAUGUCAAACCAAACUCUACAAAUCAAGCUGUUGAUGAUUACAAGCAUGCCGGCACUGGGGAAAUUGGUCACCAGAGAGAUGGACUGGCUGAUGAUAAUACCCUUCAGCCCGUUUCUGUCAGAAGGAAAAGUGCAAAGCCACCUACACAUGGUGAUCGCUAUGAUGAUGAGGCAAAGAUGACAAGCCAAACUCCUGGUGGCCGACGAAGGCAUUCAAGCAGAAGAAAUGGUUCAGAUGAUGAUUAUGACCAGAGAGUUGGCUAUAUGCUGCCCCCAGAUGAUGAUGCUGUCAAUAAUGCGAGACACUUUAAGAGAAUGAGUGAACGAAGAAAACAUGGAAGCAGGCAGGGUGGAUCAGCAAGUGGCAAUGACUACGAGUCUGAUGAGGAUGAGACUAACAGUGUGAUUGAUUUUGGCAAUCUUUUGCCCCGAGCACCUAGUUCUCAUCGGAAACACAGGAGUAGGAGUGCUCACCCACGCAGCGGAGGCCGUGAUGAUGAGGAAAGGGUGAUGGAUAAGCUUCUGAUGCACUACAGCAAGAAAGGCAUUGAUAGGGAAGAGCAUAAAACAAGAACAAAAUCAAGGACCCCUCGACCUCGAGCUGAUCAGCCUGCUGAUGGAGUCGGAGAACGGUCUAACAGAGAAGUGGCACCCCAACAUCCUCCAGAAAGAACUGUAUCUCUCCCUUCAGACUCUGGCAACCUGGGUGUGAAGCCUAAGGCUCCUGCUCGGUCCAUUUCAAUGCAGCCAGACAAGUCCAGGGGGAUUGUACACCCUAGCAUGCCGGAUUUCGACGAACUAGCUGCUCGGAUCAGUGCUCUGAGGAAGGAAUGACUAUGAGCUGCCACAAAACUGUAUUCAGGCUUCAGCAGGUUGUGUUCUUUCAUGAACUUCUCUCAAAGCAACUUUCAAUGUCAGUGGUGGUCACAGGAAUCAGGGGAUCUCUCCUGGUGGUGGUAAUCUUGCUUGCAGUGCUAUAUGCCUAGAUAGAAUAGUACCAAAUUAAAUGGCAAUAUUUAGGAAUACCAUACAAUAUUGGUUUGGGUGUGGUCCUUUGUUGUGCUCAUAUUUGAAAGUGAAACAAUCUUGUAUAGAUGCCAUUGAUGAGGCUAUAAUGAUAAGUGAUGAUUCUUUCUGCUAGUGCUAGCAUGUGAGUUUGUAUGCAUUUCAAGUUUCCAACCUUUUCUUUUUGCUGGAGAUGAACUGUUAGAUGCA